AAACAGACAUCCUUUUCCGGGUUAAGAGGUUGCACUUCCUGUAGGCGCAGCGACGGCUCCAAAAUACAAACAAAAAACGACUCAACUUCAACCCACAAAACGGUCACAAGACGGCAAGACAAAUUCCCAAGAACACAACGGAACGUGAAUACAAUUGUCCGCGCGGCUGAGAGAAGAUGUUGCGGAGGAAACCGACUCGUCUAGAACUGAAGAUUGAUGACACUGAGGAGUUUGAGAGCAUCAAAAAGGAGCUCGAGGCACGGAAACGUCAACGAGAAGAGGCGGAGUCAACGGGUGGAGUCGGCGGGGACUCUGUGGCCGGUGGGCCCGAAACUCCACCCUCAUCUUCAACUGCGGCGUCGCGGACGGAGCUCAUCAACGAGCGUAUCGGCUUCAAGCCGCACCCAAAACCCACCACCCUGCCUACCCUCUUCGGAAGUUUACAGUUUUAAUAAAUUCAGUUGGCUCGUGCGUGUAUCAUGUAUGAUGUUGGGAUCAUUUUAUAUUAGUGAAACGUGCCGAUUAAUUUGAGUUUGAGUUUUUUUUGAAGCAGCAUCUGUAGUUGAAAACCAAGCAGUCAACACAGUCAUCAUAACACAAACAAAUGUUGUUGGUGGUGUUUUAUUUUCAUUAGAAAUGCAUGAAUUAUCUUAUAAAAGGGGUCAUCAAUGGUACUUAUCAAUGUGACCCAUGUACAAAAAGGAACCAGAAGGUGGCGCUAAAAGAUAAUCAGCACCCUCUCAGGACACAAGUAAACUUUGACCUGUGACGCCAUCUGUUCACAAAUAAAUAAGUUAUUGUCUAAAAAAAAAAAAAAGUGUUUCAAGAGGCUGGAUUUGUUGAGAAAUAA